AUGUCUCCACUUCUGAGAAGCAUCCUUGAUAUCACUGAAACUUACAAUAAAUAUGCCUCACAUGAUUGUGAUGGGGCAGCACUAAGCAAGAAAGACUUGAAGAACCUCCUUGAAAUGGAAUUUGGAGACGUCCUUCGGAGACCACAUGAUCCGGAGACAGUAGAUCUGAUCCUGGAACUUUUGGAUCGCGACUGCAACCAAGUUGUCGAUUUCAAUGAAUUCCUCCUGUUCAUUUUCAAAGUGGCUCAAGCUUGUUAUUAUGCUCUCAGUCAGGCCUCGGGGCUAGAUGAGAGGGGAACCAAGAGUGAGAGAAAGGGGGACCCGUUACAAGAUCGCAGACAAGACGCCCAAAGAAGGUUCGAGGCCCGGGACAGACAACUGGAAGAAGACCGCAGGCAGAGGAGGCAAGAACGCGAGAGGGAGCUCGCCAAGGAAGAGCAGCAGAGGGAACAGCAAGAGAGACGUGAGCGCCUCGACAGGCAGCGCGGCGACGAGAAGCAGCGGUGGCAAAGGCGAGAACGCGAGGAGCGCCUUGAGGAGGAAGAACAGCUACAGAGGCGUAAGGGAUCCGCGCCAGAGUCUCCCGACCAAGAGCAAAGGCUCGAGCGCCAGGAGGAACAGCGGUUGCAGAGGCGCGAGCGGCAGGAGCUGAAGGGCGAGCGCGGCGAAGAGGAGUCCCAGUGGCAAAGAGAACGCCUGGAGGAAGAGCAUGAGCUGCGGAGGCAGAAGCGCGCGCAAGAGGAGCCGCGCUUGGAGAGGGAGCGGAGGCGCGAGCAGGAGGCGAGGCGCUUGGAGCAGGAGGCGAGGCGCGAGCAGGAGGAGCGCUUGGAGAUUGAAGAGAGGCGCCAGCAGCAGCUGAGGCGCGAGGAAGAGCCGCGCUGGGAACAGGAGGAGAGGCGCAAAGAGCAGGAGGCGCGCUUGGAGCAGGAGACGCGCUUGGAGCAGGAGGAGAGGCGUGAGCAGCAGCUGAGACGCCAGGAAGAAGAGAGGCGCGAGCAGAAGGCACGCCUGGAGCAGGAAGAGAGGCGCGAGCAGCAGCGAAGGCGCGAGCAGGAGGUGCGCCUGGAGCAGGAAGAGAGGCGCGAGCAGCAGCUAAGACGCCAGGAGGAAGAGAGGCGCGAGCAGGAGGUGCGCCUGGAGCAGGAAGAGAGGCGCGAGCAGCAGCGAAGGCGCGAGCAGGAGACGCGCUUGGAGCAAGAGGUGCGCUUGGAGCAGGAGGAGAGGCGUGAGCAACUGAGACGGCAGGAGGAGAGGCGCGAGCAGGAGGCGCGCGUGGAGCAGGAAGAGCGGCGCGAGCAGCAGCGAAGGCAAGAGGAGAGGCGCGAGCAGGAGGCGCGCCUGGAGCAGGAAGAGAGGCGCGAGCAGCUGCGAAGGCGCGAGCAGGAGACGCGCUUGGAGCAAGAGGUGCGCUUGGAGCAGGAGGAGAGGCGUGAAGAGCAGCUGAGACGCCAGGAGGAAGAGAGGCGCGAGCAGGAGGCGCGCCUGGAGCAGGAAGAGAGUCGCCAGCAGUCGCGGGGGCGCGAGCGGGAGACGCGCUUGGAGCAGGAAGAGAGGCGUGAGCAGCUGAGGCGCCUGGAGGAGGAGAGGCGGCAGCAGGAGCGGAGGCGCGAGCAGGAGGUGCGUUUGGAGCAGGCGGAGAGGCGCGAGCAGGAGCUGAGGCGCCUGGAGGAGGAGAGACGCGAAAAGCAGCUGAGGCGCCUGGAGGAGGAGAGGCGCGAGCCGCAGCGGAGGCACCAAGAGAAAGAGGAGAGGCGCGAGCAGGAGCUGAGGCGCCUGGAGGAGGAGAGGCGCGAGCAGGAGCUGAGGCGCUUGGAGGAGAGGCGCGAGCCGCAGCGGAGGCGCCAAGAGGAAGAGGAGAGGCGCGAGCAGGAGCUGAGGCGCCUGGAGGAAGAGAGGCGCGAGCAGGAGCUGAGGCGCCAGGAGGAAGAGGAGAGGCGCGAGCAGGAGCUGAGGCGCCUGGAGGAAGAGAGGCGCGAGCAGAAGCUGAGGCGCCAGGAGGCAGAGGAGAGGCGCGAGCAGAAGCUGAGGCGCCAGGAGGCAGAGGAGAGGCGCGAGCAGGAGCUGAGGCGCCAGGAGGCAGAGGAGAGGCGCGAGCAGGAGCUGAGGCGCCAGGAGGCAGAGGAGAGGCGCGAGCAGGAGCUGAGGCGCCAGGAGGAGGAGAGGCCCCGCGAGCUGGGCGAGAGUCGACCCCCGAGAUGGCAGUGGCAGCUAGAAAGCGAAGUCGAGGCGCGUCAGAGCAAAGUCUACUCCCGGCCCCGCAGGCAGGAGGAGCUGAGGCGCCGCCAGGAGCAGGAGGAGCUGAGGCGCCGCCAGGAGCAGGAGGAGCUGAGGCGCCGCCAGGAGCGCGAGCAGCAACUGCGCCAGGAGGAGCGCGAGCGCCUGCGGGAGCAGGGGGAAGAGCCGCGCCGCGACUUCCAGUGGCAGUGGCAGGCGGAGGAAGAAAGCAAGAGGCGCAGCCAGCGGCUGUCGGCCAGGCCCGCGUGGCGGCAGCAGCGGGAGAGGCAGCUGAGAGCCGAGGAGCGCAGGGAGCAGGAGCCGCUGCCCCUCGAGGAGGAGGAAGAGGAGCUGCGCCGCGGCAGGGAGCGGGCGCGGCAGCUCCGCGAGGAGGAGGAGCAGCUCCUGGAGGAGAGCCUCCAAGAGGCGCGCGAGAGGAGGCGACGCCAGGAGGAGCAGCGCCGCGGCCAGGCGUGGAGGUGGCAGCUGGAGGAGGAAAGCCAGAGACGCCGCCACGCGCUGUAUGCCAAGCCGGCCGAACGGGAGCAGCUGCGGGAGGAGGAGCAGCUGCAGCGCGAGGAGGAGCUCCUGCAGCGGGAGAAGAGGCGCCAGCAGCGCGACAGGCAGUAUCGGGAGGAAGAACAGCUGCAGCAGGAGGAAGAGUGGCUGCAGAGAGAGCAGCGCGAGAAGAGGAGGCGCCAGGAGCGGGAAAGACAGUAUCGGGAAGAGGAGCAGCUGCAGGAGGAGGAGCAGCUGCGGAGGGAGAAGAGGCGCCAGCAGCGCGACAGGCAGUACCUGGAGGAGGAGCUGCAGGAGGAAGAGCACCUGCAGAGAGGACGCCCGGAGCGGGAGAGGCAAUAUCGGGACGAGGAGCUGCUGCAGGAGGAGGAGCAGCUGGAGAGAGAAAGGAGGCGCCAGCAGCGCGACAGGCGGUACCUGGAGGAGGAGGAGCUGCGGCGCCAGGACAGGAAGCGGCAGCUUAGGGAGGCGGAUCAGAGCCGCGAUCUGAAAUGGCAGUGGCAACCAGAAAAAGAAAAUGAUGCUCGUAGGAACAGGAUCUACUCCAGACGCAGAGACAAUGAAGAAAAGAUCCGGCAAGAGGAAGAUUUGCAGGAGCGGGAGAGACGCUUCCUGCAGGAUGCGCAAGAGGAGAGAGCGCGCGAGAGGGGCUGGCAGCGCCGCGACAAGCAGGCCCCAGCCGAAGACCUGCUGGAGCGAGAGCUGCGGAGGGAGGCCGAACGGCGGGACGGCAAGUUCCGAGAGGAAGAGCAGCUCCUGAGAGAAGAAAGAGAGGAGACAAGACGCCGCCAGGUGCGCGACCGAAAGUUUCUCGAAGAGGAGCCGCAGCUGCGCCGCCAGGAGCGCGAGCAACAGCUCCGCGAGGAGGAGCAACUUCUCCAGGAAAGGGGGGAACAGCAGCUGCGCCGCCAGGAGCGCGAGCAACAGCUCCGCGAGGAGGAGCAACUUCUCCAGGAAAGGGGGGAACAGCAGCUGCGCCGCCAGGAGCGCGAGCAACAGCUCCGCGAGGAGGAGCAACUUCUCCAGGAAAGGGGGGAACAGCAGCUGCGCCGCCAGGAGCGCGAGCAACAGCUCCGCGAGGAGGAGCAACUUCUCCAGGAAAGGGAGGAACAGCGGCUGCGCCGCCAGGAGCGCGAGCAACAGCUGCGCCAGGAGCGUGACAGAAAGUUCCGUGAGGAGGAGCAGCUGCGCCAGGAGCGCGACAGAAAGUUCCGUGAGGAGGAGCAGCUGCGCCAGGAGCGCGACAGAAAGUUCCUCGAAGAGGAACAGCAGCUGCGCCGCCAGGAGCGCGAGCAACAGCUGCGCCAGGAGCGCGACAGAAAGUUCCCUGAAGAGGAACAGCUCCGUGAAGAAAGGGAGGAGCAACUGCUGCGCCGCCAGGAGCGCGACAGAAAGUUCCGUGAACUGCAGCGAGAGCAGCAGGACGGGCUGAGGCGUCCGCAGGAGCGAGAGCAGAGAUACCGGGCGGAGGAGCAGUUUGCUGGCGAGGAGAAAAGGCGUGCGCAAGAACGCGAGAGGAAAUUUCGCGAGGAACAGCUCGGAGAGGAGCAGGAGGAGGAGCAGAGGCGCCGCGGAGAGCGCAACCUGCAGCAGAGCCGUGGUCAAGCUUGGGAGACGCGGCCCCAGGAAGACAAGGCCCGUCGGCAGCUUCUGGAGCCCGGCACGCGUCAGUUUGCCAGUGUGCCUGUGCGCUCCAGCCCUCUCUAUGAAUACAUCCAAGAGCAGAGAUCUCAAUACCGCCCUUAG